AUGUUCACGUGGGUUACAGCCUUGCAGCUGAGAGGACGGGAGCAGUUCCAUGGCCUUGGCUCUAUGUACUGCCGAGGAGCAGCUGCAGUGAUCCUCACGUACGAUGUAAACAGCCUCCAGAGCCUGACGGAGCUGGAAGACAGAUUCUUGGCACUGACGGACACUGCGAGUGCUGACUGCAUUUUUGCUAUUGUUGGAAAUAAAGUUGACCUCACCGAUGACUGUGCUUUAUCGCCUGAAACAGAGGAUGAAAACAGACCUGAAAAGUCCCUUGCCAGCUGUGGCUCUACCAAAGUGCGAAAACAAGUCCGUGCAGAGGAUGCAAUUGCGCUCUAUAAAAAGAUACUGAAAUAUAAAAUGCUGGAUGAGAAGGAUGUUCCAGCAGCUGAGAAAAUGUGCUUUGAGACCAGUGCAAAAACAGGAUAUAAGGUAGACUACCUCUUUGAAACUGUCUUUGAAAUGGUAGUACCAAUAAUUGUACGGCAGAAAGCUGAGGGACCACCGCAAACUGUAGACAUUACUGAUUACAAACCAGCAAAAAGGACAAAAUCUGGUUGCUGUGCCUGAACAACUUGCACGACGUAGGAAGAGGGAGGGACUGUUCACUGUAGCAAUCUGAAGAGUAAGAAGUGCUUACAGUUCACCAGAAAAGUCAAAGAAUGAAUGGACUGAUACGGUGUAUGAGGAAAAACAAAUCUUCUGAACAUGAAAGGCUUCUGGCAAACUAAAAACUAGUGAAGUUACGGAAGAAGGGUUGCCAGCUUCAAAGGGCUCUGAAGACACAGUGCGUGUUAGUACGAUUGGUCAUGACAAUUGUUUGAACAGUCGUGAAGGAGUCCCAUUUUUAGUGACUUGCCAUUUAAUGUUGCAUGUAAACGAUCUGUUUGUGUACUGUAUACCGCUUUCACAUGACUGUCGUCUUUCUCCUUGUGAUCCUAACUUUGGGAAAUUGAAUACGUGGUACUUUUUUAUUCUCAAAAAAGAAAAUCCAGGUAUAAUUUAUAUUUGUAGCUAAUGAAGAAAUUACAGUCUUUUUAUUUCAGCUAUGACAGUGUAAGAUUCAGAAGCUGUACUAUUAAAAUCACUGUGGAUAUGGA